AUGCUACUCCGAUCAGUCGACGAAUCUCAAAUCCACCUAAUGGAUUUGCUAACACUGGCUCGUGAGAAACAUCGAGAUCUGUACUCGGAAAACGACAUCAAUCUUCGUCAAGAGGUUCUUCACGCGGAGUUAAUCAAAAGUGUUCGCCGAAACUGUCGAACAGCACCACGACGACUUCAGAAGCGACGAGCCGAGGAUUCUGGAGAUUUGAGGUGCGAAAAUUCGGAAAUUCGAAGAAAAAUUCCUGAGGAGCCAAUCGAAAAGAAGCGGAAGGAUAACUUGAUUGGACCGUUUUCCGCGGAAGAUUUUUUUAGUCAAAGCUGUUCGGAUAGAAUGAUCGAUUUCUCAGCGCUCCGACCUCCAAAUCCAUCCUUCGAAACCCAGCGAAAAACCAAAAUCGGCACCCGAACGCUCAACUCAAAUCCAGAUGUCUUUCAACGACUGUCGGCUGUGAAAAAAUCGAAAAAAUAA